AUGCCAGUUAUCUGCAUUUCUCUCCUCAUGAGCUGUCACGCUGACAGCUCGAGAGGAGAGGAGAGCCGGGCACUGAUGAUCAGUGUGCCCUGAUGAUCAGUGCUGCCAUAGCAGUGCCACCUGUCAGUGCUCAUCAAUGCCACCUACCAGUGCCUAUCAGAGCCACAUAUCAGUGCCUACCAGUGCACAUCAGUGCCACAUAUCAGUGCCCAUCUGAUCUGCCAUUCAGUGUCACCUAUCAGUGCCAGUCAGUGCCGCCCAUCAGUGCCAGUCAGUGUCUCCUAUCAGUACGUAUCAGUGCCGCCUAUCAGUGCCAUAUAUGAGUGCUGCCUUUCAGUGCCCAUCAGUGAUGCCUGUCAAUGCCCAUCAGUGCCACCUACCAGUGCCUCCUCAUCAAUGCCCAUCAGAG